CGUUAACGUAACUUAGAUGUUGCGGAAUGUCCUACUAAAGAUUCAUAUCAAAGGCUUUGGGGGAGGUAAUUCAUUGUCUUAGCGUUACCAGUAAAACGUGCACAUGUUUGAAGAAAUCAAUCUACUAAAUUCAUUCAUUGGCGUAACGUUACGUAACGUAACUAUGUGUUGAUAGAGUUACCGCAAAUCCAGGACAGCAAACAAAUUACUUUUCUCUUGUCAUGACAGUGCUCGGGGGAGUAUCUGAAGCCAUUGUCAUGCUUUAUCAAUCUACGUGAUAUGUUUUGUAUGAUUAAAUGAGACGUGUCAUCAUUUUGGUCAAUCAACUAUGACGAUACAAAGAAAGGCAACAAUUCUGGGGGAAACGCGGUCAAAAUAUAACGGACCAAUAAUGUGUACAUGUGUUUGCCUAUAGUAACGAUAGUCCAAUGUAUUGUACCGGUGCAGUGAUCUUGUGGGCUGACAGAAGAAGAACAGGGGCCCCGAGCAUAAUCAAAUAGCGUUUGAUAUUAAUUUUCCGAACUGUCCCUCUUCAGGGCCGCUCGGGAAAAUGAAACCGUAGCCGCCCACUUGUUGAAGGUCGCCGUGGAUGUCAAUUUUAUAUUUUGCUGUGGCUGCCAAACGGUAAAAUUCGAACAUUCCUGAAAUGGAUCUUUUUCGUUUUCUUGCGACGUCACAGUCACUUUCGAACGUCCGUGAAAAAGAUCUAUUUGAACCUAGACCGCCAUCACGGAUUUUCGUCGUCGUCUGCUAUCUCAAACCUAAAAGGGUGUGAUGUUGUGCUCCUGGCCUCUUGUGUUUUGACGACUUUUGUCAACACCUUCUUAACAGUGUUAAAGGACUGAAACACACUAUUCUGAAUUAACUCCGAGACCGUCAGCCAAAGUGAUCAAGAUUAUUUUCAUUGAUCAACUUUUGACAUGGCGACUGCUGCACCGUCAAGCCUGAGAGCACAGAUCCGCGAAGAACUGACCUGCAGCAUCUGCCUGGAGCUGUUCACCAGGCCCAAGGUGCUGCCCUGUCAGCACACCUUCUGUCAGGGCUGUCUACAGCACCAUGCAGGUGGGGGUGUGCGCUUCAUGUGCCCGAACUGUCGUCGACAAGUCAGGUUGCAACGUCAAGAGGUCAAGUCACUACCUGAUAACCUUAUUGCGGCAAGCCUUUGCGAGAGGCUGCAGUACCAGAACACUCCAUCAGGAGACGCAAGGGAGCAACCACAGGACCGAGACAGAUGCCAGUCCCACCCUCAUGAAGAAGUCCAACUCUUCUGUAAACAGUGUGACGAGCCAGUCUGCAACGAAUGUUUGGAUGAAGGGCACAGUGAUCAUGUCACUAUAAGCCUGAAGAGGGCCUCACAGGAAAGAAAGCCCCCCGUCCAAGCACUUCUUGAUGAGGGGAGGAGAAUCUUAGAAACCUACUGUAGUUUCCUCAAAAGCCUGAGGGAGAAAGAGGAAAGUCUGAAUGAACAAAAACGAUUGACAGACAACAGCAUUAUUCAGGCCCACAAACAAGCAGCGCAGGAACUCGCAGAGAACAGAGUCCAUCUCUUGUCUGCAGUAGAAGAAAAUCAGGGUAAAAACAAUGAAGAGUUACAGAAGAAAAGGGACGAAGUUCUAGCAGGUAUCAGUCGACUAUCUACUGCCUGCGAUCAAGCUGAACAAGAAAUGGAGCGGGGAGGGGUAGGGUUUCACAGUCAGGAAGCUAUUUUGACGGAGGUCAUCGGGACAUACCAACAAAAGGAAGCACCAAGUACUACACAAUCUCAGUCUGCAGUCUUCAAGCCAAUAAACACCUCUGUGCAAGUAUUGGGACAUGUCAUGUUCCAGCCUGCUCCAAUCAGUGAUCACCACCAGGAAAAAAUAAUAUCGUUUGGUCGACUGGGCUCAACAACAGCAACUGUCAGCACACCUCUUGGUGUAACAGUCUCGGAUGAAAGAGAGAUCUAUGUAGCAGAUCUUGGGAUCAAGAAAAUCCAAGUCUUCACCUUGCAGGGAACGUUUGUGCGCCAGUUCCCUAUGAUCGAGCUAUGUGGACAGGGUAUGGAAUCAGUUGAUGUGGCAAUGGGCAGGUUGGGAGUGUGGGUGGUGGGGGUAACAUGCCUAAAGAUUGCUAACUUUGCUGUACAUUAUAGCAAAGACGGCAGGGUGCUGAGAAAGUUUCACUUACAACAGGCAGGGUGCCAAAGAGGAGUUGCUGUGGACACCAGGAUGAACCACAUCCUCAUCACACAAACCAUAGUAGAAGACUGGGGUAGAGCUCGGGGAGAGGUGAUAGUUCUCGGGUCAGAUGGAACUCUUGUGAGAACUGUGGAUGGGAAAGCCCCAGGCUCAGGUUGGUUGUCAUCCCUUUUCUGGCAGCAGAGGAUGAAGCGGCUCAUGUACAUCUCUGUAGAUGGAGAAGGGAGGAUUCUUGUGUCAGACUGGGACAACCAUUGUGUCUUCGUGUACGAUGACUUUGGGAAGUUUUUGUUCAAGUUUGGAGGUGAGGGAAGUGGUGAAGGUAAGCUGAAGCAUCCAUAUGGCAGUGGUACAGACAGUUCAGGUAACAUCAUUGUGGCAGACAGUGGAAACAAUCGUGUGGAACUGUUUGACCUAACGGGCAGAUUCAAACACAUCACUACAAAUAUAGAGCACCCAGGGGGUGUCGCCAUGGCACCACAGGGACAGCUGGUGGUGACCUGCUGCAAAAACCACACAGUGCAUAUAGUACCCUCCUCUAUGAUAUACAGUAGCCAAUGUUAAUCAAAAGUCAAGAUGAUUCAUUGUACAGAUCAAACCUCUUAGAAUUCAAAUCAGAUGAAGCAAUCUUCCACGAGGUAUAUGUUGUUUUACAAAGCAUUCAUGUUAUACAUGUCGUUGAGCAGGGUACAGGUAAGGUUGGACUCUAAAUGAUAAAGCCCUUAUGACAGCUGCUAUGAAGAGGUUACAUCUUAUCAACAUCUCUGUUUUUCACAAACUUUUGAAUACUCUAGAAUGGAAUUAUCCUAUUUCUAGAAAGUUAUGACUGCAGAAGAUAUAAGUAAUACAUCUACAUUGGUAAAGGUUUAUUCUCAGAAAAGAAACAGUCCAAGGAAUAAUUUUACAAUUGUCUUAAAAUUACCCUGGGAGCCAGACAGGACCGGGUAGCUAGCGAGUUUUGUUCGGGGACCCAAGUCAGUCAGCCCGCAGAUCUCACAUUAGUGCUCCGGGGGAGUUUAAGCCUGAAGAAGUUAUCGCUACCCUUUCCGUCGGGAGAAGGGUCCUAGCUGCCUGAUCCCGGCUGGCUCCCAGGCUUUCUUAAAAUGGGCCAGUACAUUGUGAUAGGUAGACAUCAUUCACCUCGUGAGCACCAUGUUUUAACCCUCAAACACCCGAGUGGGGUCCAUUUGGACCCCAGGCGUACAUUUUGAAGUGAUAGGUAGACAUCAUUCACCUCGUGAGCACCAUGUUUGAAACAUUACUGGAAGACAUUGUUGUCUGCUGUAAUGUUGCUCCAGUGUUUGGGACUUACUCUUACUGUAGUCGUCCCUUUGAACGCCAUGACCAGGGAACCAGGGCAGGGUUGGAUGGAAAAGUUGUGUCAACAGUAAACUGCUAUAUAAUAAGUACAUGGGCUACAUUAUUUGUACAAAUUAAAUUGUUUUCAAAUUU